UAUGAAAUGACCAUCUUCUAGAUACAAGGCAGGUCAAUGUUUGUCCGUUUGUAGAGGCGUUGAGGCGCUGCGGCCAUGUCUGCAUGUCUGCAUGUCUGCAGCGUGUCGCCGGAAGCCCGCCCUCCAUGUUGCCGUGGACGUCGCCUGCUGAAAAAGAAGUGCGCAGCACCACGGCACGGCAGAGGGGGCUCUCCACGGGGCUGAAUACCGCAGAAGCUGGGCUACCAUAUACAACUUCCAGCUCGCGGUAUCAUUCUUUAUCAACAAACAUAACAGCGACUGUUUUUCCUCCUGUCUUCGAAUACAGAGACGUGCCUAACAAGAACAGUAAGAUGAUUAACUACAGCAUCAUCAGCAGUCUUGAUGGACCUCAGCUGACGGCUCUCCCAUGUUCCAGUGCCAACCUCUCCCCCUGCACCCCCACUGGGUUCCUGCUGGACAGGAAGGUGGUAGGAGCCCCCUCUGCGACAGGGUUGUUCCCACGCCGUCACUCAGUCAGCCUCCCCAGUGCAAAGUUCAGCAAGAGCCAGUUCGUCAACCGCCUUAAAAGGGAUCCCCCAGUGUUGUUGGGUAGCAGCUGCAUCAACAACAAGGAGAACCAUUUCCGUGAGCGCUCCUUUUCAGAGCUGGGGGAUAGGCUGUGGCCCGGCAGUCAGGCAUGUGUGGAUGGAAGCAGCCAAGUCAACUCGAGUCGCUAUAAGACGGAGCUGUGCCGGCCCUUUGAGGAGAACAGCACCUGUAAAUAUGGCGAUAAGUGCCAGUUCGCCCACGGCAUGCAUGAGCUGCGUAGCCUGAGCCGUCACCCAAAGUAUAAAACUGAGCUGUGUCGAACCUUCCACACCAGCGGGUUCUGUCCGUACGGACCCCGAUGCCACUUUAUCCACAACGCAGAAGAACGACGCGGGCCCCCUCCCCUCUCCGCCUUUAACAAGAUGGAGCGCCCCCGCCUGCAGCACAGCUUCAGCUUCGCUGGCUUCCCCAGCUCCAACAGCCAGCAGGACUGCCCCACUUCCAUCACACCUCCACCCAUGUUCUCAACUAAAGACCUGAUCGAGUGGAGGAGCAACUCCUUUGCUCACUCCAGCCAGGACCUUGCCAGCCCGUUUUUCCCCAGCUUGGGGCCUUCACCUAUGUCUGAGCCUCAGGGUCUGACCCCACCUUCCCCGACCACCCCCUACCUAUUCCAGCCUACAUCAGAGAUCUCCCCCAGCCCCCCAGACUCUCUGUCUGACCAGGAGGGCUACCAGAGCAGCCUGGGCAGUCAGAGCGGCUCAGAGUCCCCACUCCUGGAUGCCUCCCGUCGCCUUCCCAUCUUCAGCAGGCUCUCUGUCUCUGAUGAGUAAGGUGUUUGUAUCCCUGGGCCUGAGAUGGGAGGAAUAGAUAAAGACAGAGGAGGGUGGAGACCAUUCACCUCUUUUUCCCUGUUUACAGGAGAAAAUGCUCUGUGCAUUGUUGUAGCCAGCGAGUCGCAUCAUAAAUAAAAGUCUCAUCCAAUAUUGUUAACAGUUGGUAAAGCAGAAUCCUAUUCAUGUACAGGCCUACACUGGUGCCAUGGUGGAAGGAAUGUAAAUGAUUGUUUUAAGUAGUUAAAUAUGACUUGUUUUGGGCACUAGGAGUGACAGCAGGGUCUCUGUGCUGAGCAAAGUGAGUUUUAGUGUGUCUUUACACAGCCAUUAUGAUUAUGAUAACCUUUGCAACAACCGUGACACCCUCCUAGAGGCUUGUGUCAAAAUCAGUUUUUAAAGAAGAUAAAGUGCUUCAGAGUUUAUUCACGUGAAGCCAACAGUGAGCCUAGACUUACUUUUUCACUCUAAUCAAGCCCAGUCUCCUGUUCCUCUCAAAUGUCAUGGGGCUGCUUUUUAAGAGUGUGACUGACAGAUUGCUUUUCUGCAGUUGGGCUGGAAUCCAGAUGCUGUGUGCUUUGUAAUAUUGAGCUGGUGGUCAGUUAUCAUUCUGUUUGCUCACCAGAGACCUUUUCUUUUAAAACAGCCAACAUCAGGGUUUUGUACUUCCAAUGCGAUUUAAAAUUAUCUGAAGUUGGAGGUUGAGUAAAAGACUCAUUUCAUCCAGGUUACCAUAAAACAUAUUCUCUCACUUACUUCUACUGGCACACUUGUAUAGUAAUGCAGAUAGUUGUGGGGGUUUUUUUGUCCAGGUUUUGAGAUCUUGCCUUUGUCUCAGUACAAAGGAGGUAGGUGGACUCUAGUUGGUAAAAUUAACAUUUUAUCCAGAUAGGUGUCCGUGUCUCUGUAUUGUCCACAGAACACACUGGAGACAGUUUUCAUCCUGACUACUGCUUUUGUACCAUUAGUUCAGAUUACAGCUGUGGCACAGAUUAAGGGACACUGUAGGUGUUGAACUUUUAAAAUCUGGUUUGUGCCAAUAAUUUCCCAAGGAAGAACAGAGGAGAGACUUCUAAUUUGGGGGAACUGAGCCUUGGGCAUUAUACUUCUAGCAGACACGUUUUACAGCAGUCGGCAGGUUCCUAGAGUUAAUUUGCAUGUUGGAUCAAUUCUCUGUCUGAAGUGACGUCAGCUAACUGAAAUCAAAUGCGCUCCUGUUGAUUCCACCAUUUGUAUUAUUAUUGUUGUUGUUAUUAUUAUUAAUAUUAUAGGGCUUAGGCUGUCACUGCUUUUUUAUCAAAAUGUAUUUAUUGCUGAUCUUAAGCUUUUUUAUUUUCUAUUUAUAUGGUUAAUGGAACGAUAUAAUAUAUAUUUCCAUUUAUGUGAAAUUAUGAUCUUCCAUAUUAAUUGCAAGAUUGUGAAAACCUAUUUGUGUUAUUUUUUUCACAGUUAAUAUAUUACACAGCAAUGACGUGUUUUGUAACAUGUAACAUAUGAUUUAUAUUGAAAGUGAAUCAUAAUUUAAAACACCCAGGUUAAAUUCUUUAUUGUUUGCUCUUCCCAGUGAGUGUGUGGACAGAGAAUGAAUGCUCUCUGGGUUGACAGGGUUCUUCUGGCCGGGUACACAGCAGAGGUGUCUCUGUGUCUGCAGCGGCUCACUUGUGGCUCUCUGCUAUCUUUACACAAAGGUGUUUUUUGUUUUUUUUCGAGCAGCUUGUGUCAUUAAAGCAUAACAUUCACGUUGAAUGUAUACGAAUGCCCAUAUUUUGUGGCAAUUACAUUGAAUUGUGGCCUUUCAACCAUGCAUAGAAAUUGCACUAAAUGUAUUAUUCUUCAGACACAGAUGCACUGAACAAUACAUUAAGUAUCCAUAGUCCUUCAUAGUUUGAAUUUGAUUGAUCUCAAAGUGUGUUAAAACCUCAAAAUGUUUGAACCCUGUCUCCCACCUGCAUCUUAUAAAGUGUCAAUGUCACACAUUAACCAGAGCUUCCACUGUGUUCAGGCCUCUCAUCUCUGCUGCGGUCUGGGUAGAAUCUUCUUUCAUCCUCUGGAAUGUAAACGGGCUCUGGAACAGUCUUGUCCUCAUAUCAGUGUUUUUUACCCGGAUGAAUUCUCAUUUGUUUAUCAGUCACUGAAUCAGUUUAACUCUAUGACUAAACAAUUUUCAACUCUUAUUUAGAAAAGAUGAUGGAAGCAUGCCUGUUUCACAGUAACUUGCACAGACUUACUAGCACUUUAAGUCAGCACAAUGAUUAUGUAAAGGUUAUUUUUGACAACUUUUCCCCAUGAAAGUGCCUAUAAAUACAUUCCAGGUUUCCCAAAUGCUGUGCCUUCAUAUUUUUCUAUAACUGAGCAGAUAAAAGCUUAAAAUGUAUAGCUGUGGGUAAGCGAUUCACAGGAUUUACACAUGAAGAGCACUUGUUGAAUGUAUUCUCCAGCAGCCGCCACUGUUACUACAGUUAUUACUCUGAUCAUGGUUUGUUUUGUACUGACAGAUUGCAGUUCAAACCAAUAAAAAAUGUAUUUAUAUUAAA